AAUGGAUCUGGCUGGAUGAGUGCGAUGGAAUACGUUCCGCAAAAUUGAUGAUGAAUUAAAGAUUUAAUUAAGUCUCAAAAGCGACCGAGUGAGGGGUCUGAAGUAUGGCGAUCUAACAAGAGGACGCCAGAUUCCGGUGGAGUAAGUAGUAGGGAAGUUGUUUCCGGUUCACAACCACGGAGGGUUUACAAGCUGAGAAUUCUGUUGCCGAAUGGGAUGACUGUAUUGGUGAAGAUACCUGAAGGAACGGAGUCGAUUACUGUUAUAGAGAGCUUGCUAACAAAGUAAAAGAGCAACAUGAUAGAGCAAUACAAGCCAAAAAAGCAUCUAGCCCUAAGAAAAGUGUUAAAUGGGAUGCUGAUUUGUGUUUUGUUGACGAUUAUGAUUAUGUUUAUAGAAAUUGCCUUAAGUUAACAAAGUUAAAGAUGAACAAAGUACACAAUCUCAGACUUGAUGAUGGGUCUCCACCGGCAACAAUCUAUGAGAGUUGUUAAUGGAAUUACCAGAAGAAUAUACUUUUGAAACCGCAUUGGCUGAUUUGAUUGACAAUUCUUUGCAAGCGGUGUGGGCGAAUGAUGAAAGUGAUGGGAGGCUAAUAAGUGUUGAAGUUUCAAAUGAGAAGAUAUCUAUUUUUGACACAGGGCCGGGUAUGGACUCUACGUCUAUAGAGAAGUGGGGGAAAAUGGGCGCUUCCCCACAUAGGGCAUACAAGGCACAAGCCAUUGGUGGCAAGCCUCCAUAUUUAAAGCCUGCCUUUGGCAUGUUUGGAUACGGUGGCUUUAUUGCAUCUAUGCAUUUAGGAAGGUGCACGGAAGUUUUGUCAAAGACCAAACAUGGUAAAAAAGUGUAUAUGUUACGUCUUGAGAGAGACGCUCUUGUCAGUGGUUCUGUUUCUGGUUCGAAAGCAACCUGGAGGACUUACGGUCGCCUUCGAGACCCCACAAAUGACGAACUUGAAUUAUCUCCCGGGGGAAGUUUCACAAAGGUUGAGAUUUUCGAACCAAAGAUUAGAAGCACCAAUAACAUAAGGUGGCUUCAAUUCAAAUUAAAGGAUAUUUACUUCUCGUAUAUUUAGGUUUGCUGCCUUAUACAUGAUGCAGGGGUGUUAAAAUUUGCAUUCUUAGAUUACCAAGAUAAAUUCAUUAUUUAUGUCUUCAACUAUAAGAUUCGUUGUUCUUACAGCAUCUUGUAUCAAGAGAACCCGAUCCUCUUGAUUCUCAGGUAACUUUUCUGCUGUUUCAAAUUUCGACCCGUUUAUGUAAACGGGUCGACUCGGAUCUUUUAACCUGUAACAGGUCAACUAAAGAAUGUUGAUACAGAUGAAAAAGUCAAAUGGGUUGAACAGGUCAAACCACGAAAGUGGCGCAAAUUGUCGCGUUAAUGCUUACAACCUACUAAAUCAGUUUAUCAGUCAACUAUAUUAUUGUUUGUUUGUACUAAACAUUGACACUUUCGCAGGUUGUUACCAUUGCCAAGUUUCAUGGUGGUGGUGCUUUUAAUGUUAUUCCAGAUUCUGUCACCAUUGGUGGAACUUUUAGAGCUUUCUCUAAAGAAACUUUCAUGCGACUCAGGCAACGAAUAGAAGAGGUGAUUGUAGGGUGGGAAGAAAACCGGAGCGGUUAGCUCAAGAAGUGUACCGAGAGAUUGCAGGGUCGGAAGAUAUGAAAGAUAGUAUGGUUGAUGAGCUCGUUGAUAAGGAUAUGAGCAGUUGUAGUUACAAAAAUAUACUUCUAUAUGAUUUUUUUUUCAUCAUUUUAAGGUUUAAGGUUUGAGUUAUGUUUCCGCCCCAUAUUGUCGACUCCGCUGCAACGCGCGGGUUACCCACUAGUACUAUAAAAAGGAGAAGUGAUGUACAAAAUUAUAAUUUUACUACAAGUACAAGUUUUGAAGCAAGAUAUACAAGAGUGUGCAAGCCAAUAUAAUAGAGAGAUGGAUUUAUUUUUAAGACGCAUUAGGGCUAAAACUGAGAUUUUGCAUCAGGAUGGAUUGAAUGCGGCAUUCAUUAUCUGUUAUAGCCACCUCUUCAGUUUCUUUGUUUAUGGCUAUAACUCCCAUAGUGGUAAUUACAAUUGACGGUACAAUUCAUUACUCAUUUUCCUACUCCCUCUGUCUUUUCAAAUCCAAACUACGAUGGUGUGCUCCGAUGGUGUGCUUGCCCUGGCAAUGAUUCAAACCAUGACUACAGAUCUGAAAAUUAAGCCAAGACGGAUUCAGAGGCAACAUUCAAGUAUGCUGUUGUUUGCUUUCCCCGUGAAUGCUUUUAUUAUACAUCUUUUUACUUGUUUCUUCAAGAGAGAUAUGGGGAGUU